UCUUCUUCUUCGCCUCUUGAGGAAACGGGGAAUACGCGUGUUUGUUCACAUGUGUGGAUUUUAUUAAACCCGAUAUUGUGUAAUUAUUUUUCUUUUGAAUUGACCGAUAAAACGCUAAUGAUGUCAGUGUCCAGAAACAAGGAAAUACAUACAGACAGUGGAGAUGGUGUUAUAAAGCCAGAAGGUCCCGAUACCGAAGAGGAUCCUCCCGUGAUAAGUCGCACACGGAGCGGCCGCAGACUUCAAGCGCCCACGGCGCUGCUGGACUCCGGCGCACCGACGACCAAAACUCCCGUCCGUCGCACCAGAAAGUCUGUUAUCCGAGAGGAUCCUGCAGAGAGCAGGGAAUCACCGUCCGGAAAACCUGCCGAUGAAUCUACAGCACAUGCAACUGAUCAGUGCGCAAUGACAGAAGCGGUGGGCCCAGAUGCACCAGCACCAGCACCAACAGAGGAAAAGCAAAUAGAGUUAAUUGUUUCAGAUCAGACCAGUGAGAAGGAGAACUUGGUAAACGUGGCGAAUAACAGAAAGACGGGGUCUACAUGUACCACUGACCCUGAGAAGAAAAGGGCCAAAAAAAGGACUCGCUCAGAAUCCAGUGAGAUAAAAAGUAAAAUGGUGCCUCUUGGGAAACCCAAAUCUGGACGAGUAUGGAAAGACCGUAACAAGCAAAGGUUCUCUGCUCUGUUGAGGGACAAACCUCUGCGUACUUCAUGGGAAAAGAAAAUGGAGGCCAAGAGAGAGAAACAACUGGUGAAGCAGUACCACCAGCAGCUCAAAGACGAGAAGGCCAAAGAGAAAGAGGACAAGAAGAUGAGAAGAGCAGAAAAUCUGCGAAGACGAGCAGAAAAUGAGAGAAAAGCGGAGAUUGUGCAAGUGAUUAAGAAUACUGCAAAGAUAAAGAGAAUGAAGAAGAAACAGCUGAGAAAGAUUGAGAAGAGAGACACACUCUCAGCGCUGCAGAUAACGCCACCUAGUGUCAAGAAAAGAGCAGGGAAAACAAACAGCAGCUCAUAGGUUUAGUAGAUGUGAGAAUCUCUUUAGACCUAAGCUUGCUGUUAUUAAUAUGCACUUUUAGUGCCUGUCUGUACCACUGGCACGCUGACCUCUCUCUGGCAGAGACUCAAAGAAGACUGCAUUGUAUGUGAGCUAUUAUAACAGAAUGUGUUGUGGAGAGGUUUAGGUUGUCUAUCUGCUUAAAAAUGUCUGAGGUUAAUGCAGGGCAACUUAUUCCUGCUUCAGAGCCAAUGCAAAGUUUAGUUCCAACUCUUAAUUAAAUGUUCUUGGACCAAUUAAAGUCGAGUGUGUAAGAGCAGGGUUGGAAAUAAACCCUGCAGGAAGGUGGCUCUUGAUGAGUAGGAAUGAGUGACUGUAUUAUGUAAUAUUUGUACAGCAAAUUGAAAUACAAAUAAACACGUUUUCCUUUAUUUGA